AUAAGCUUUUUUUUUAAUUAAAUCUCGCCAAAUUUGAGGAAUUAUUCCAACAUUUUCUGAAAAUAUAAUAUGAACUGCAUUAUUUUAAAAAAAGUGUACCUUGGAAAGUAUACAAUUUGCAUACAUGCAAAGUUUGUGGAAAAACGCAUUUCUUUUUUCAAGAUGUUUCCAACUCCGACAUUGAACCAAUUCUGUAGAAUGGCCCAUAUACAAGCUCAAAUUACGAGCCGUUAAGUUACAGUUUCCCGUUUCCUGACAGUAUUCCUCACAACCUAGACAUCUCUCGUGCCGAGCUCGCCUUGACCUGUUAGUGGGUGGAGUAGGUGAGCAAUGUGGACAGGUAAAGUAAAGGUGUGCGUCAGUAGUCUAUCUACUAACCAUCGGACCCCUCAACACAUUUUACAACAGUUGCGACAUUGCUGUUGUAGAUUUAACACGUAGGCUAAUACUAUUCUGGACUGCAUAAUGCUGAAGAAAACGCAAGGCUCGGCCGACGCGGACGCGUCGCGCAUUCUUGUGAAGGGUCCAGAGUUUUUGAGGAGACAGUUGGAGCGAGAAAGCGAGGCGAAUAAAGGGCGCGUCAGUGCGGUGGAGAGGUUGGCAGCCACUAAACCUCAAUAUGUAAAAAGCCAACAAGUGGUCGGUUCUACUCAAGAACCGGUAAUCAGCAUCGGGUCUGCCUCCGUGAGCAGUCAAGGGUCUUCAAACGGGCACGGUUCCGUUAAGAACGCCACUAAUGUUGAUGUUAAGGACAUUCCUGAAGAAGAUAGCAAUGUAGUGAGACGGAGCAGCUCGAAGAAACGACCGGACUCGAUUUUAUUAUACAGACAGAAGUGUGAACUCAUGAGAGGAUUGCCUGGCGGGAGUAGGAGAUUGAUUAAAAAGUCAUUAUUUUCUCUUAAAGAGAAGACAAACGCAUUUCCUGAGACGCGAGGUGGUGAAUCAGACGUUGAGAUAACUGACAGAAAAGACCGCGCGCCUUGCGCCAGACGUAAUGACUGCGGGAAAGAGUCCACUCAGGUAACUUUACACAUCUCAAACGGGAAGCCAGGUGAGACAAACUUUGUGCCGAAAGGACCUGCUAACAGGAGAGUCGCUGAAACCCAAGAGCAGGAGCGCAAGAGCCGGAGGGGGGUCGCGCGCUCCAGCUCUGACAUCAGCUCGCGCUACUCGAAAAACUUCGCGGACUUCGACGCGUUCUUCAAAUACUGCGGGCUCGAGGGUGACGUAGUUGAGUCCUUGGGCAAAGAGAACUUUUCCGCGCGCUCGGACGACCUCAGCUCCAGAAUCCGGAGCAUCAGCGUCUCGACUUCAGAUGACGGAUUCUCGAGGAGCAGCGACGGCCUGCAAGAGGAGGAAUUACAGGAGACGGUCCGUCAAGGGACGUCAGUUGUCGAGCGCAACGCUCGGAUCAUCAAGUGGCUUUACAGCUGCAGAAACGCAGCGGAGUCGGGAAAGACUCUGCGAGAUCUGGAUUAAAUUGGGUCAUGUUAAACGUGCUGUAAGAUAUUUUUCCCCCUAUACAACGCAUGUCCCGGCUAUUUGACUUAAAAAUACUGGGCCUAACGUUAUAUGUGAAAUCUCUUGACCGUUAACAUCAGAAAAAAAGAGUCAGUGGAGCGUCCCGCGCGUUUUUAGCCAAUCAGAAAACUAGCAAUCAACCUGACUGAUUCGGCUAAUUCACAAACUCUAAAAGUUCUUAAAGGGUUUUAGGAUGUUUUUUUUUCUAUUUAAAAUAUGAAAUGCGAUAAACAUUUUGCUUUACAACAUAAAUUACACACAUUAAUGUUACCUCACACCUGAAUUUUGAAGCCACUGUUCUUUGAAAACAUAAGUUGCUAACAAAUUGCUAUAUUUAAAGGAACACUCCAUUUUUUUU